AUGUUUGAUUGGAAUUUGGUGCCAAGAAUUGGUGAAAGCUCUAGCUACGCAUUAUACUACGAAAGAUUGAUAUCUUCAUAUAUGCUAUUAUAUAUAAAAUCUCCUGUGAGUGCAUACAUUAGCUCAGUCUUGGAUCCAAUACUGGAUUCAUCCUUGAUUGCAACCAUAAUCACUGGUGUAAAUGGUUCAAGUCGGGUCCUCAUUUCAGAUCAAGCCAAACACGGCUUAACCUACUUGGGAUUGGUGCUUUUACAAGACCAGUCGCAGAGAACCACCAUCCCUCAUUUAAGCCCGACGGAAGUGACGAAUCAACAACCGCCUCAAGCGCCACCCGCGGUUGUCUCACCCACCUCUCAGCGGGGAGCGGGAGACGCGGGAGCCCCAAUGACCGGAACUCAACAGCCCCCGCAAACCAUGGUGGACCUGGAACGAAAGAUGGAAGAAAUCAUGUCACAGAAGAUAGACGAUGCGUUGUCCAAAAGGAAGGAUAGGCGGAGACAGAGGGUUUUGGAGGAAGACCCGUUCGCCCCAGAAAUCAUGGCGGUCCCUUUGCCUAAAGGCUUCAAACAGCCCAUGAUUGAAGCCUAUGAUGGAGUUACGGACCCGCUUGACCAUCUACGAACUUUCGUGGAUCUGAUGAGACUUUAUGCUGCCCCGGACGCCGUGAUGUGCCGAUCCUUUCCCCCCACGCUCAGGAGGGAGGCAAGGGACUGGGUAGCAACCUUGGCCCCGCGCUCUAUCAAGUCAUUUGAUGAGCUCUCCAGGAGCUUUGUGGCUUAUUUCCUAAGCAGCAAGAGGAAGAGGAAGACAGCCAUUGGGUUGAUGCAGGUCGUACAGGACAAAGACGAGUCAUUGCAGGAAUACUUAGCCAGGUUCAGCCGGGCGACUCUUGGCAUUAGAGACCUGCAAAUGUCCGCAGUGGUUACAGCCUUGAUGAAUGGAACGCGAAAUCGGGCCUUUAAGAUGUCACUGUCCAAGAACCCCCCGGAGUCGAUGCAUGACCUAUUAAAGAAGGGAGACAAGUAUGUCGAUGCGGAGGAAGCGGAGAAGGUGGUGACUACCCCCCUACAAGGCUUUGGAGGGGCAACAGUGAUACCGGAAGGGACUGUAGAGCUUUCAGUCACUCUUGGGACAUACCCAGCGACAGUGGUGAUCGUGACUAAUUUCUUGAUUGUCAAGACCCCCAUGGCUUACAACGCUAUCUACGGCCGACCAUUGCUAAAUGCAGCUGGCGCGGUCCCAUCGACAUACCAUCAAAUUAUGAAGUUCCCAACCAGCAGGGGGAUCGAGAGCGUGCGAGGAGAUCAGCAUGCAUCAAGAAAGUGCUAUGUGGACAGUAUACAAGCCAAAAGCCCACCAUCAGUUAUGAUGCUGGAUGUAGAACUCCCGAGGGAGCGGAUCGAGCCACUUGAUAUGAUUGAAAAAAUCUUUAUUGACGAAGGAAAGGAGUUUCUUGUUGGAAUAGGUCUGGGAUCCGAAGAGAAGGAAAAAUUGGCGAAGUGUCUAGCCGAAAAUUUGGAUGUCUUCGCUUGGAACCCAAAUGAUAUCCCGGGGAUUAGCUCAACUGUUGCGCAACACCGCCUCGGUGUCCAGACAGGGGCUAAGCCAGUGAAGCAGAAAAAGAGAAACCUUGCCCCUGAGAGGCAGGCUGCGGCCAAAGCAGAGGUGGAAAAAUUGCUACAGGCGGGCUUCAUCCGAGAGGUCCAAUACCCCGAGUGGUUGGCAAAUGUUGUACUUGUGAAGAAGUCAAAUGGAAAAUGGCGCAUGUGUGUAGACUAUACUGGGUUGAACAAGGUAUACCCAAAAGACUCAUACCCACUCCCCAGAAUAGAUCAACUGGUGGACGCAACGUCGGGUCAUGAAAGGCUCAGCUUUCUAGAUGCGUUUUCGGGGUAUCAUCAAAUUUCAAUGGCCGAGGCCGAUCAAGAGAAGACGUCAUUUAUCACGGAUUUCGGCACGUAUUGUUAUACAGCCAUGCCAUUUGGCUUGAAAAACGCAGGAGCGACGUAUCAGAGGAUGGUGAACAAAGUCUUUCGUGGGCUAAUCGGGGAUGUCGUAGAAGUCUAUGUUGACGAUAUGGUGGUCAAGAGUGCCAGAGCCAAUGACCAUGUGGCCUGUUUACAAAAAGUGUUUGACGUUGCCCGACAAAGCAGAUUAAGGUUCAAUCCAGAGAAGUGUGUUUUUGGUACCGCAGGUGGAAAAUUUCUAGGUUUCAUGAUCACGCAAAGGGGCAUCGAAGUGAACCCGGACAAAAUUCGGGCAAUCCUAGAAAUGAAAAGCCCCACCAGCAGGAAGGAGGUUCAGAGGCUGACGGGGCGGGUAGCAGCCUUAAAUCGUUUCAUGAGCCGGGCGGCGGACAAAUGCUACCACUUCUUCAAAGCCAUAGGGGGCUCUUCCAAUUUUGAGUGGACCCAGGAAUGCGAAGAGUCUCUUAGGAACUUGAAGCAGUCAUUACAAGAGCCCCCGAUCUUGACCAGCCCAUCUCCUGGGGACGUGUUGUGUCUCUACUUGGCAGUAUCACCAAAGGCAGUCAGUGCGGUCCUGGUGAAAGAGUUCUCAAAGGCGCAGAAACCAGUCUACUACGUGAGCCAAGUAUUGAGGGGUGCAGAAAUAAGAUACAGCCUGACUGAACAGCUGGUGUUUGCAUUAAUUGUCGCGGUCAGGAAAUUGAGGCCUUAUUUUCAGUCUCACACGGUGCAAGUAAUGACUGACCAACCUAUCAAGCAGAUUCUGCAUCUGCCCGAGACCUUUGGGAGGCUGUUAAAAUGGGCCAUCGAGUUAAGCGAGUUUGAUAUCGAAUUCAGGCCAAGGACAGCUAUUAAGGCACAGGCUUUAGCAGACUUCAUCGUUGAGCUCACCACCCCGCCCGAGCUCCCACCAGGGGAGCAGGCAGAUUGGAAAAUUUUUGUCGAUGGAUCUUCAAAUGACGAAGGAUCCGGGGCGGGGAUCAUAAUGAUAGGUCCGAAUGAAGAAGAGUUGGAAUACUCACUGCACUUUGAAUUCCCAGCAACAAAUAACGAGGCCGAGUACGAAGCGGUGAUCACGGGUUUGGGAUUGGCAGCCAGACUCGGGGUCACCUCAGUGGAAGUUUGCAGUGACUCUCAGUUGAUAAUCGGGCAAGUGACGGGGGAAUUCGAAGCAAAGGACGGAAAGAUGGCUGCAUAUUUAAUGGAGGUCAAAAACUUGCAGAGGGGGUUCACCAAGUUUAAGAUAACUAAGAUCCCUCGAAAGGACAAUGAGCGAGCGGACGCGCUGGCUAAGCUCGCAUCAGCCAACCCCAGACAACUGCCUCGCACAGCCAGUGUGCAAAUUCUACGACAACCUAGCAUCCAACAUGUAAUCGAUGUUAUGAAUGUAGAAAAUGAGGAAAGUUGGAUAGACCCGCUGUUUGAGUAUCUCACGAAGAAUAAAUUGCCGGAGGAUGCUCUCACGGCCAGAAAGCUAAAAGUUCGUGCAGCCUCGUUUGCCAUCAUUGAUGGGCAACUCUACAAGCGAGGCUUCACAAUGCCAUAUUUGAAGUGUUUGCGACCGACAGAAGCACAGGAGGUGCUAGUCGAAGUACAUGCGGGGAUUUGUGGCAACCACCAAGGGGCGACUACCCUUGCGUUCAAAACGUUUCGACAAGGAUAUUAUUGGCCCAGUAUUAAGGAAGAUGCUAGAGAGUUGGUGAGGAAAUGCGAUGCAUGCCAACGCCAUGGAAAUCUGAUCCACAUUCCGGCCGAGCAACAGACGGCAGUUUUCGGGGUGUGUCCCUUCUUCCAAUGGGGGAUGGACAUCUUGGGACCUUUGCCCAUGUCAAAAGGACAGAGGAAGUUCUUGUUAGUUGCCGUCGACUACUUUACUAAGUGGGUGGAAGCUGAGCCUUUGGCCACCAUCACGACUGCAAAGAUACAGGGAUUCGUCUGGAAAAAUAUCAUAUGCAGGUUUGGUAUACCUCGGGUAAUCAUUACAGAUAAUGGAAAACAAUUCGAUAAUCACAGUUUCAGAGCCUUCUGCACCAGCUACCGCAUCGAUCACGGGCUGACUUCAGUUGCUCACCCGCAGGCAAAUGGGCAAGCGGAAGUGACCAACCGAACCAUACUGUGGGAUUUGAAGACAAGAUUAGAAAAAGAAAAAGGACUUUGGGCUGAGGAGUUGCCCAAUGUACUGUGGGCAUAUCACACUACCCCCCGAGAGUCGAUCGGGGAGACGCCAUUCAAACUGGCCUUUGGGAUGGAAGCCGUGGUUCCGGUUGAGAUCUUAAGCGAGACAGGAAGGAUGAAAGUCAAGCAACCCGAUGACGCAGCUACUAGGGGAGAGCUCGACCUCCUCGAAGGGGUAAGGGACAAGGCGGCGAUAAGAAUGAUGGCUUAUAAACGAAGAGCCGCUGAGUACUUCAACCGGAGAGUGAAGCCAAGGGUCUUCCAGCCAGGAGAUCUCGUUCUAAGAGAUGCAGCAGCGGCACGACACCCCCCACCGAAGCUUGGUCCAAACUGGGAAGGCCCGUACGAAGUGAUUCGCAGGCUGGGAAAGGGAGCUUACAGCUUGAAAGAUAUAAAAGGAAGGCCGCUAGGUAGACCAUGGAAUGCAGAACACCUCAAAAAGUAUUACCAGUAG